GCUCGCUCACCCUGCUCCUUCGCAGCAGCAGAGGACCUGGCCAAAGGUCUCUACGCAAGACGAACCUCCUGAACAAAGACCAGGGGCUGGCACAAGAGCAUUGCACAGCUGAUCUGCCCAGCCUUUCAGCUGUGCUGUGGUUGGAGCCCUGACUAUGGCAGCCAUUCUUCUGAGGGCAAAGCCCAAGGUGACAGUGUCUUUUGAAGAUGUGUCUGUGUACUUUACGAAGACAGAAUGGAAGCUUCUGGAUCUCAAACAGAGGAACCUCUACAAGCAAGUGAUGCUGGAGAACUACAGCCAUUUGGUCUCAGUGGGAUUUGCUUUCUCCAAGCCUAACCUGGUAUCCCAGCUGGAGCGAGGGGAGAAGCCCUGGAUUAGAGAUGAUAGAAUGGAGAGUGCAGCAAGAUCCCGUGCUGGGAACAGGAUAAAGACCAAGACUCUGACUUCAAAACCAAAACUUUUCGGAAGAGGUCUCCUCAGAAAUACCUCGGGAUCCUCAUUGCAGAGACGUCCUCACGAUUUCAGGCCAAAUCCCAUUGUAAGGUACCAACACUCCAGAAUCGCAGAUAAGCGAUAUCUAUGUCAGCAGUGUGGAAAAUCCUUCAGCCGCAUCUUCAAUCUCAUCAAACACCGGAUUAUCCACAGCAGAGAGAAACCUUAUGAGUGCAGCCAGUGUGGGAAGCAGUUCCAGCGCAGCUUAGCGCUGCUGGAGCAUCAGCGCAUCCACAGCGGCGACAAGCCCUAUGAAUGUGGCGAGUGUGGCAAAACCUUCACGCGCAGCUCCAACCUCGUCAAGCACCAGGUCAUCCACAGCAGUGAGAUGCCGUUCGUGUGCCGCGUGUGUGGUAAAGUGUUCAGGCGCAGCUUCGCACUGCUUCAGCACGCGCGCAUCCACACCGGCGAGCGGCCCUUCGAGUGCACCAAGUGUGGCAAGGCAUUCAGCCGAAGCUCCAAUCUCAUAGAGCAUCAGCAGCGCAUCCACAGUGGCCAGAAGCCCUACAUCUGCCAGGAGUGCGGGAAGGCCUUCAAGGGCAUCUCACAGCUCAUCCACCACCAGCUCAUCCACCGCGGCGACAGGCCCUUCGAGUGCCAUGAGUGUGGCAAGGCCUUCCGAGGCCUCUCAGGGCUUAGCCAACACCAGCGGGUCCACAGAGGUGAGAAACCCUAUGAGUGCAGCGAAUGUGGCCUGGCCUUUGAUCGCCGGGCCAACCUCUUCAAGCACCAGGUGGUGCAUGGUGGGCUGCGGCUCCAGCACCGCACUCAAGGGAAGGGAUUCCAGCGCAAGCUCCUGGAGCAUCUGCGGGGCCUCCGUGGGCAGGGGCCCCAAGAGGCUGGAGAAGGUAGCUCCGCUGAACCCCAGCCCAUUGACACCAAUGAGAAGUCCCAAGUUUGUGAGCGCUGCGGCCAGGUCUUCGAGAACAAGUUGCUGUUGUGUCGCCACUUGCGCAUCCAUGACGACGAAGAUGACAAGAAACAGAAGCCUGUUAUUUCGAGCACCUCAGUUUUGGAGGAUAAGUCAUUGCUCAGCCAACAUCUGGAAGCCCAGCCCACAGAGGAAAGCGACAGCAAAAGCAGUGUAGUUUUCGUGUAUGCCGAGAAGCCCCACAGCCCAUCCUCACCUUGAGGCCAAAAACAGGGCAGCAGUUCAGAAUGGCAGGAUGGCCCCUUCCCCAGUGAGAAACAGAGAAGCAAUUCAGAAUAACAGAGUGCCCUCCACCUUCCAGUGUAGUUUGUCCUGCUCCUUCCCUGAUAGGUCGAAAAGGAAAGCUCCCUCCGUAGUCCUGGAUGAUACAAUUGAUGCCUAGAGAUUGUGCAGGCAGGCUCCUCAAGUUACCUAGGCAGGGUUCUCCUGUGUGUGCUUCGGUGUGUGAGUGCCUGUGUGAGUGGGGUCUCCAAGUGAGCAGAUCUGUAUUAUACAGAGUUGGUCUUUUCCAUCCACAUGGGAAUUGCCUGAUGUAGUUAGAAGGGAAGCAGGUAGGUCCAGCCAACUCUAGGCACAGUUACCAAGAAGUUUACAGACAGAUGACCCUUGUCCUUUCCCUUGUUGAAUGUGGGGUGGUUUCCUCCCCUUGAGAGGGAAAAUAUACUAAAGAUACUUUAUUCCAUUAAAAGUUUAUAAAUUGUGAAGGGGCUCUAAAAUUGACUUGAUGCUUUAUAGGAAAGCACAGGGAACCUGCUGUCCUGGGGCACAGGCUAGGCUAUAUGUGAAAACUUGGACCUAUUAUGUACCCCUGCUGCUGCUUGGAGGGUCUGUACCAAACCUGUCAUCUUGCAGAGAGGUUAAAGUCCAGAGACCUGAGGGUCUCCAUUUUGGGAAAGGAGCCUCUUUCCUCUGGUG